CCUCCGGCUGAGGCACAAAGGGAACAGGUGUUUCAGGUGGAAGAGGAAACUGAAGAAGAGAGGCCAGAAAGAAAUGAAGGGCAGGUCAGUUUUCUGACAGGCCAGUCUUGUGGGCUCAGGGAAGGGACCAGUCUAGAGAGUCUUUUGUCUGACAACUCAAGCAGUAGUAAGGAUGACCCAUCCCCUCUUCCUCCACUACCUGUGCUCUCCUGUUCUCCCACCCACUCUGUUCCCACAACAUCCUCUUCUUCCUCUACAUCUACCACAUCAACCAGACACUGGGCACCACCCAAGGGAUUUUGGAGAGUGGCACGCCCAGAAACACUGCUUCUAAAUGGUGUUGGCCCUCACAACAUACCCUCCACAUUACCUUUGAAGGACUAUACUCAGACAGAAGCACUGGCGGAGCCUCAGACGAAACCAGCUAAAACGGGCAGCAGGAGCAAUGUAGGAGGAGUGGGGGAUGACAGCGAUGCAUCCUCAGGAUUCAAGCACUCUGACAGUGUGGAGCGCUACCUGGACAGGUGUGAGGAGAAAGAGACAGAUGCUGAUGACCCUGCCAAAGGACUGUGCAGUUCAGACAGCUGGGAGAGCAUGUCUUCACAAAGUGGGGCGCCCUCAGUUGAUGAGAAGCUGAAGGUGAAGCAGAGGGCUUAUGCAAAGUUAAGGGAAAGACAAAACUGCAGGGAGGAGAGAGAGCAGAGCGGAGGAGAAAGUGCCUGCUGUUAUGGAGACACAACAUGCAAAAUGGAUAGUAAUGUCGCAGGUGCCCAUGGGGUUUUGGACAGCUCAGACUCAGUCAUUCUUGCUCAGGAACUUGAACCCUAUUUGAGGUCACUUCUUGUAAUCAGUGAUGAGCUUCCUCUGAGCCCAAGACAUGAGCAAGCCAAACGUCUCCUGGAGCGAGCACGACUCAAGGCUCGCUCCAGUCACAUUAAAGGCGAUCGCCCCUGCAGACGCUCCCAUUCUGAUCAGAGAGCCACUGUGAAGAAGCAGCAAAUUGAAUCUCCCAGACCAACGCCAGAGCAGAAAGCCACUCAAACCAAAGAAGAUCUUACAGCUCACACUGUAUGUGGUCCCCUCCUCGUCCCAACUCCAAGAGACACUUCCCCUUGUGACCAAGGAGGACGAUCGAGGCGGUACGGUUGUUCACCCACGCGGGUGCGCUUUGAGGACGAAUCAGAGAAAGAAGCAGAGUCUCGGUACUUGGAUAGGGUCAGGCAGCGUGGCAGGCCCGGGGUCCCUAAGUCCAAAAGUAAAGACAGUAAUACAGAUUCUAGCAGCAGUGGUUCAGAGAGGAGCAGAAGCCACAGAAGUGUCUCUACGCCUCCCUCACAGAAGCAAGAAGCUGUCAGUGGUGAAACCACCACAGUGAUUAAAGAGAUAAUAGUGCUGGUGAAGAAAUGUGAGGCAUGUGGCUCUGUAGUCAGGGAACCUCAGCCGGUCUUAUUGCCAUCAGAUGCACAGAACACUGAACCACAGCAGCCUGGCAACCCAGAGGACCCUCGGGGAAAGCUGGUUCCCCGCUGGGUGCCUCCAAACAAACCGGAGGUGAGUACUCGUCCUAAAGCUCCUCUAACUGUCACCUUUGCUGGAGCUUAUGUGCUGGGGGAAAAUAAAGAGAGUAGCACAGGUUGGAAGUCAUCAGGGUUUGGAAAACUAAGGAGAAGGAGCAGGAAAGGAGAAAGUCGGCUUGAGUCUGGUCAUGGCCCUUAUGGUCCAUCAUGGGCUCAGCGGCGUAACUCAAAUCCAAGGAACAGGGUCAACUUGAGCAGAGCUGUUUCAUUUGCACCCGGCAGCCCCAUUGAUCUAGAACCAUGUUUGCUGGAGGCAUCUGGUGGACUCAGGGAAUCACCAACCCCAUCGCUUCCAAUAAAGUCAGCCCUAAAGUCAAGCUCAAGGAAUCGCUCUGCUGCCGGUCAGUCCACAGUUCAGUUUCAGAUGACCUCAAAUCAGGGAGGAGAGGGUGGGUCUCAGCAUUCAGCCCUCCUGGACUCUCCAGAAGCAAGAAGGGAGUCCCCAGUGUCUUUAACCCAAGGGACACCCGCAACAAUCAGCCCGGUGCCCUGUAUCAGGCCCUCCACUUUGAGGUACUCCCCGGCCCGACUCACCCCAGACCUGCCGGCUGCUGAGCUCUGGGAUGCCACACCAGAUGGAACAGGAUUAAGUGCAGACCCCGGUUCUGGUCCUGAGUGUCGUCCAGCUCUGCGAGGCCUGGCUAUGUCUCGGGCCGAGGACCUCAGAGCUGAGCUGCUGAGAGCAGAACAUCUGAAAGCUGAGGCCAUAUGGGAGGAAAACUCUGACGGGUCCAGAAAGCUGGAUGGACGGCCAAAGCUCUUCCUGCGCCGCUUCUUUUCCUCCAUAGGUCUGAAUAGUGUCGGUAGACUUGUUAAAGGAGGCCGCUCCAGCAGCAUGGAACAGCUCAGUAUCCCCACUCCCCCCCGGGCCAGCUCUGCUUCCCCAAGUCCCACACGCAGGCCACAGCCUACCAUCCGCAUACAGAGGACACCCUCACUGCAGACCCUGAACACAGUGCUGCCACUGGCCCAACUGCGCAAAGCCUCCUCAGUGCAGAGUUUAGAGAGACGAACAGAGCGUUCAACAAUACUGGGAGAGGUCCACAUACCAUACGGCCUGGCACCCAGCCCUGACAGCCCUCAGCUUGAGCUCCACAGGGCCCUGAGUGAUGACGACGUUCUUGCCUCCAGAAUAGUGCGCCCAGUGGGCCGGGUCACCCAGGCUUUCCCUGAUGGGACCCUCCUCCUGGAGCUCAUCAGACCCCCGAAUGGUCCUUUCGGUUUUGUCAUUUCGAGAGGCAAAGGUCGACCAGACACAGGUGUAUACGUGGAGAAAGUGGGUGAUGGUAGUGGUGAAGGGCCCUUUGUUGGUCUCCUGGGCAUCGGCGAUGAAAUUCUGCAGGUGAAUGGAGAGCCAGUGGCUGGACUCAGUCUGGACCAGGUGACGCGGCUCAUGACCCGGGAAAGCACCACUUCUCUUCGGAUCAUGCCGGCGCGACGGAACCAGCGCUGACUGGAAAGACAGACGUGGCACGGAGCCAUUUUUCUCCUGGGGCCGUGGUUUAUAAUUCAACACUGCAAACACUGCUGAUGGACUGUAACCUAUAGGUAGAUGUAAGAUAGUCAGUGCAGUUUCACAUAGCAGAAUGGCUACAUGGGAUAACAGGGUUAGAGGUUCACUUUCUAUUAGUGCAAACCCAUGUUCAACAAUAAUAUGACGCUGCAAGGGAUUUGGACUACCAUGGCAAAUCAAUAAAAUAAGCAAAUAAAUCUGAAACCAAACAAAGCCAGUAGCAGAGAGGACUAAGCUAGUUAUUAACUGAUUUCAGGGAAUAUAUUGUGAACUAAUAAUACUGAUUCAAACCCAGCACAACUUUUCUCUGUGUACAAGGUUUGGUUUAUAUGGUCAGAUAGGGAUAAACCUAAACUUCCACUUUUAUUUUCAGGUGAUUUAUUUUGCUCUUUACAGCACACAGAAUAUGACACUCCAAAUGCUUAGUGAGCGAAAUGAUAUUUUGUCACGUUCCAGAUGUUGUACAAUUCUGUUUCCAUUAAUCUUGUUGAUUAUUUCAUAUGAUUGACAUGUUUAAGGAUGUGCCACAGAUGUUAUAUUGGCCUAUGAGGCCCUCAAACUAAAGAGGCUAUCUCAUACAUUGGUAUACAUGGGUGCCCUCCACUGUAAUGAAACUGCCUCAAAAAAUUAUGUCUAAACAAACUAGCUAAGGAUUAUCUCUUUUUUUCCCCCCAUAGAUCAUAUUUCUCUGAUGCACUGCAUGGUCACUUCAUUUUACUUGUGCUGUAUCAUCUAGUGCUUCAUGGCAUUGAUACUGGUUUGCUUCUAAAUAAAAAUGUUUUAUUUUGCCAAACGUUUUA